GGUGGGGCCGAGCUGCGCCCCGGGACUCGCUGGGCCCCUGGCUAGGGGUAGGGGUGUUGGUGGUGGUGGUCUGAGGCCAGAAGCCGCGAUUACCAACCCACCUGUGGGCAGGAUGAAGCUGGCGCCCGGCGUCUGGGUGGUGGUGUGGCUGAGCCUGGGGGGCGGCUCGGCUCAGAGCGACCCCAGCCCCAAGGCGGAGGAGUCCUACUCGGACUGGGGCCUCCGGCACCUCCGCGGCAGCUUCGAGUCGGUCAACAGCUACUUCGAUUCCUUCCUGGAGCUGCUGGGCGGCAAGGACGGCAUCUGCCAGUACCGGUGCCGAUACGGAAAAGCACCGAUGCCCAGACCUGGCUACAAACCUCAGGAGCCCAAUGGCUGCAGCUCCUAUUUCCUGGGUCUCAAGGUUCCAGGAAGUAUGGACCUGGGCAUCCCAGCAAUGACCAAGUGCUGUAACCAGCUGGAUGUCUGCUAUGAUACGUGUGGGGCCAACAAAUACCGCUGCGAUGCAAAAUUCCGAUGGUGUCUCCACUCCAUCUGCUCUGACCUGAAGCGGAGCCUGGGCUUCGUCUCCAACGUGGAAGCAGCCUGUGAUUCUCUGGCUGACACUGUGUUCAAUACAGUAUGGACCUUGGGCUGCCGGCCCUUCAUGAACAGUCAACGGGCAGCUUGCAUUUGCGCAGAAGAGGAGAAAGAAGAGUUAUGAGGCCCAAGUGGCCUUUCCUGGUUUGAGUGAGCCACAGCUGUGGUCUGAGAGGCAGCAGCCAGGCAUAUGUGUGUCAUCCUUCCUUCCAAAAGUUUGGAUCCCACAAAGCAAGAGAAAGGAAACAGCAAAUCCUAUCCUUGGAGAGAAGUUGAGCUAAAGACAUGGAAAGAUGGAAGGCUGUUCUUCAUUUCAACACUGGACUUCCUGACCAAGACACUUUUGCCUGGCAAUCCUGUUUUCAGCUUAAAGACUAAUGACCAACAAACCCUGCAAUCCCAGGAAUGGAUUAUUAUAUUCAUAAGCAAAACUCAAGUGAGUCCAAUCAUU